AUGGUGUUGUUCCCAAAGCCGGGUUGCUUCUCGUCUGCUAGUUGGAAGAGUCGAGGCUCGGCACUGUCGAGAGUUCCUGAGCCAAGAGUUUCUAGCUUGGACUUCCGGGUCGGUCGGGAGUAUUUCAGGCGUCGGUCAUGGGGGUGA